AUGGGCAGUAACCCUGUCGUGUGCGGCGAUGUUAAAAGGUUAUGGUUACUUCGACAGUCUCUUCUACUGCAAGACUUUGGUGCUAAUAAAAGCAUGGAGUUGAAAGACAUGUUAGAACAGUGUGUGGUUUCUCCAGUAUUUCUAAAAAGUGUUGAAGGUCGUCGUUUUCUAAGCUUUAUUUUUGGAAUGAAUCCUUCCUUUAUUGAACAACUUCAUAGAGCUAUCAAAACACAGUUACCGUCUUGCACCAAAACCAUGGUGCAGAAUUAUGCAGAGAUUUAUUUUAGAGCUUGGAGAACAUCUAGUGGGCCGUAUCUUGAGAAAAUAGAGAUUCAUUGCCUGCAGGAUUAUAUGGAUCAUGCUGUACAUGCUGUUAGAAGUGGACCUAAACCCCUGGCAAGUCUACUUAGACAGUUUCUCAGUUACAUUCAUAAACAGAGAUUGAUUCAUCACAAUACUGAUGAAAUGCUGCAAAGAUUAUAUGAACCUAUAUUAUGGCGAGCACUAAAGUGUGCCAAUGGUUUUGUACGGGCUAAUGCAGCAUCUAUACUAAUAGAUGCUUUUCCAUUACAACGUCCGGAUGCUCCUAUUGAAGAGAAUGAUGCACUGAUGCAAAAACAGUUUGAUACUUUGGAUAAUUUAUUAGAAGACCCAACACCAUUGGUGAGGUCUAUUGGUGUUAAUGGUAUUUGUAAAAUUGCAAGCUUCUUUUGGGAAUUGAUUCCAAGUCAAACACUUCAAACAUUGUUAAUGAAACUUGUAAGAGACAUGGUUUAUGAUUCUGCUUCCAGUGAUGUGAGAGCUGCAGUUUUCAAUGGUUUGGCUAUAGUGUUGGAUAACCCAUUAAGUCAUGAAUACAUGAAAGCAUUGUUGCCUUCAUUAAAGAAUUGUAUACAUGAUGUAACUGAGAAAGUUAGGCUAGCAGUGGCUGAUUUAUUGCUGAAAAUCAAAGGAAUCCGAGCCAUCAAGUUUUGGAAUGUAGUCCCCAUGGAUCAGAUUAUUGUGAGGAUUGAACUAGACUCUCCAUGUAUUGUACGUCGACUGGUAAAGCUGGUAUUCAGUUCAUUUAUGCCACUUGAAAAAGAAGUACAGAUACAGGCAUCACGUUGUAUUGCAUUAUUAAAUAUGAACCAGUUAGCUGCCAGGGUGUUUUAUCAGAAUUCUACUAAACACAUGCCUAUUGCUGCUACAGUCAAGAUUAUGUGUUACCUUGGUCAAACAGUUUUAAUGUGGAUGAAAGAGAAAGCUGACAAAAAUACUUCUAAUGCUGAUGAUGAAGAAGACGAUGAUAAAGAGAAUGCUGGUGGUUUGAGUGAGGACAUCAGUCUUGAAAUCAUCGAGGGCAUGUUAGAAACAGUUGCAAUACUGUGGACUGUAAUUCAUUAUGAAUUACAAAAGCAUGAAGAUUUGGAAAAGAAGUUGGUAAAAAGAUUCAGUCAUAUCAUGCCCAUAUGCAUGGGUAAUCUUGAAAGUAAUCGUGCUGUUAAUUCCCUCAUCUUCUUAUCUGGAUAUCUACCUCCAUCAAGUAUACCAUAUUUCACUGGCAGUGUGUUAUCUAAAUUGAAAGGUUUGUCUGGUGAUGCUAAAGAGGAAUAUUUUGGUGUAAUGUUGGAUUCUUUAUGUAAAUGGGGUAGAAUAUCAUCUUUAUUUGAGCUGAUUACCGAUUGGUUAAAUGCUGGUUUGACUAUUCCUGAUGAAUCUCUUGCUACACCCUCAGCAUCUAAGACAAAGCGUAAAACAAAGAAAUCUGUGAAGUUUAAAGAACCAGUUGAACCACAACCGGAAUUAGCGUUGAGAUUUCUAACAAGAAUCUUGUGUCAAAAAACAAGUAGAAGUAUUGUUUUAGAAUCUGGUACAACACAGCUAAAAGAAGUCAAUGAUAUUCUAAAGAAUGUACAGAAAUGUAUUGAGUUCAGGUUGAAAAAUAACGGUGAACUGUCUGAUGUUACAAGUGAUCAGUUUCUUAUAAAUGCCUGGUGUUCAUAUUGUAAACUACAAAUCCAUGUCUGUACACAGGAUCAAGACAUUGACAAACUAAUGAAGGUGUUUAAUAACUUAUUGACCUGGACUGAUGUUGAACUUAUCCCUGUUGUCGCAAAGAAAAUUCAGAAUACUGAAGAAACCGUAAAAGAAACCAAUAAAAACAAAAGCAAGAGAGGAAAAAGGAAAGAGGAGAAAAAAGAAAAUAAUGUUACAGAAUUUGCUCUUAAGCUUAUCCAGAUGCAGAUAACUAUUGCUAGUGAAAUGGUUAUUAUUGGUUUUGGUAAUGAUGACUUCUAUCACCAUCUUGGAGACUUGACCACGUCAUUACUCCUAACAGAUCACGCUGGAUGUUUUCUUGUAAGUCUUACCAGACUUUUAUAUCAAAUGACUCAACAAUGUAAUACAAUUGAAAAGUAUGUUGAAGAGAGUGUUUUAUCAGAAGCAGCUUCUGUCAUGGUGGGAAAAAUUGUGAAAUCUUUGAUGAAAUGUUCGCACAAACAGAAAGAAACAGAAACUGAUGUACCAGAAUUACUUCGUCAAGUAGCACCUGGUUUAUCAGAAAUCUUGAGAUGUUGUCAAAGAUAUCAGAAAUUAAAUCCCCAACUAAGUCAACAUAUUAUGGCUCCCAUUAUGACAGCUGUAUUGACAGACGUAAUGGAUGCACUCAGAAAGGAAUCUGACAUAGAACCAGCUGAAAGUGUCACAGAAUUACCAAUUUUAGCAGCAUUUUUCCUGGGUAUUAUCAACAAAACAAAACCUUUAACAAGUGAUUUUGUUGAAGAGUUAUACCAAUGUGUUAAGUCUGGAGCUUUGUGUAAUUUACAGCAGUAUUUGGCGGUACUACAUAUACUGUACACAUUAAGUAAAGGUCGUCACAAAGUUAGUUAUGUCAAAGACUGUCUAUUGGUUUCGCAACAAGAUUUAGAAAACAUGAUAUUACCUGAAGCUGAAAACACUGAUGAUGAAGAACCAUCACUGGAAAGGAAAAUACACACAUGUGCACUAAAGCUGGCAAGAGAAACUUUGGAAUCUAUUGGAGUGGUCGCAUAAAAACAAUUUUUGUUUACAACAUAUAUUUUAGUAGAAUUUAAUACUGUAAACAUUUGCUUUCAAAGUAAUAAUGUUUUAUAUCUAUAACUUGGUGUCAUGUGAUAGGAUUGAUUUACAUUAUCAGAUAUUAAAAUUUGAAUUUCACA